AUUUUAAAAAUCCUUUUUAUAGGAAGCUUCCUCAAAUAAUGUGCCCAGAACACCCUGAUGCUUUUCUGGUGGAGGAUUACCACGCAGGAGACAUGAUCUGUCCCGAGUGUGGCCUAGUUGUCGGUGACAGGGUUGUUGAUGUUGGGACUGAGUGGAGAACUUUCAGUAAUGACAAGACAGACAAAGAUCCCUCCCGUGUUGGAGCUUCUGAGAAUCCCUUGUUAGAUGGUGGGGAUCUAUCAACUAUGAUAGCCACAGGUGUGGGUGGUUCAGAAGGCAUGGUCGAUGAACACGGGAAACCAAUGUACAGGAACAGGCGAACAAUGAACAGUUCAGACAGAGCAUUGAUAAAUGCAUUCAGAGAAAUAGGACAAAUGGGAGACAGGCUUAACCUACCAAGAAUGAUUGCUGAUAGAGCCAAUACAUUGUUCAAACAGGUUCAUGAAGGUAAAGCCCUGAAAGGUCGUAGUAACGAUGCCAUUGCCUCAGCAUGUAUGUACAUUGCCUGUCGUCAAGAGGGAGUUCCAAGGACAUUCAAAGAGAUCUGUGCUGUAUCAAAAAUUUCCAAGAAGGAAAUUGGGCGUGUGUUCAAGUUGAUCUUGAAAAAUCUGGAAACAAACGUAGAACUGAUCACUACAGGGGACUUCAUGUCUCGUUUUUGCUCCAAUCUUGGUCUGCCAAACUCUGUACAAAAGGCGGCCACACACAUUGCUCGUAAAGCGGUGGAUCUGGAUCUCACACCAGGUCGCAGUCCAAUUUCUGUGGCUGCCGCAGCUAUUUAUAUGGCAUCACAAGCUUCUGCAGAUAAAAAGUCCCAAAAAGAAAUUGGAGACAUAGCUGGGGUGGCUGAGGUGACAAUCAGACAAUCCUACAAGCUGAUGUACCCCAAAGCUCAUCUGUUGUUCCCAGAGGAUUUCAAAUUUGUUACCCCUAUAGAACAGCUUCCGUCUCAGUGAUUGGUGUAACUAGGGGGCAUCGAAAGAAAACUGCAGAAAAACUAGAUAGCUUUAUCAUCACCUCAAGUCAAUAGCAAUAGGGCCAUUGGAAGAAAAUGGCAGAAACAAGAUAGCUUUAUCAUCACCCGAAGUCAAUAGUUAUCCAAUUUCAGGAUGGAUUCUUUUUUUCAUCCGUGUUUCCGUGUCUUACAGAGAGUUCCAUGAUUGUCCUAUUUCUCCUCACUACAAAUGUGAUGUAGAGCAAGGAAAACUUUUGCUGUGGACUCACGCAACAGGUACUCCGCAUAUUAUUGAGUUUGUUUCAUUUUCAAUGUCCAUGUAUGUAUAAGUACAUACAUGUAAUAAUUUGUUAAAAACAUUUUUGUAAUCACUUGUAUUCAAUUUGAUUAUGCUACAUAUAGUUGAACUAUGCGUAUUUAUUUAAUGCCAGGAAUAUAUAAUUUAAUUACAAUAUUUUUGUCAGAGGAACUAUCUUUUUAUUUCAUAAUUGUACUCUUAAUAAUACCUUAUAGCAAAGUAAAUUACAGUGAAGGUUUGACAAAUUUAUUCAUAAAAUGCAUGCAUGGAUUUAACUUUGUAUUUACAUUCAUUUUAAUAGCAUUAAUGUUCAGGCUCAUUUGACCAGAUUGUGAAAAGAACGUUUAAAUGUAUUGUAAUGUUGUGAAUUCAUUGUGGUCAUUUCCAGUGCAGUAUACAUGUUUCAUAUUUUAUCUUCAAUUUUGCAGAGAUCAUUCUAGGGGGUAAACCGUCCCAAAAACAAUAAUUUAAAGUUAAUAAAUGAAAGAGAAAUGGUUAUGCCAUUGCCUUACUUACUCAGAAUUAAACCUACUCAACUAGUUUUGAAAUAUUAGUUCCUAUUUGCAAAACUCUUGACACACAUAUUGUACAUGUGUUUGCACUUCAUGUAAUCUGUGUAGAGAAAUAGUUGUUUUUGAAGUGCUAACUACAUUAUAUCAUGAUAUGUACAUCUAUUUGUUGCAAUCCCUAGUCUUUGAAUUCAUAAACUCUUUAUAUUUGAUUUUUGUGAAGUACAUUCUUCUUUUUUGUUAAGUAAUUCAUGUUUAUAAAGUUUAAAUGGCUUUAUAUAAGUUUUAUUAUACAUUCCCAACAUUGAGAUUGGGGUUUACUUUCAUUUGUAUAACCAUUUAUUACUGAGAGCUGGUCGAAAUAACUGUAAGUCAGUGAUAUGAAACAAGGAUCUGCUUAAUUCCUUCGGUGAAAUUGCCAUGAAAUUUAAUUCUCACUGUGACACAGUUACUUGUAAUAUUUAUGUCUAUGAUGUUCCACAGAAACUGAUACAAAUUUUGUUUAAAUGUUUGUAAUAAUGUAAUAUGACAUUAAAGAAGAUUGAAGUCAA